UGACGGAAGCUUGCGGGCGAAGGCUCCGAUAAAGUGGCUUGCAAGGGAAGGAGGACAAGUGGCUUCUCUUGGAAGGUUCGGCCGGGCACUAUAUAUAGAUGCAAGAGGGGCUCUCAUUUGCAAGCCACGAAAUGGAGCCUCGUGCUGCAUGGAAGCAGUACAUGAGAGAGUUAUGCUUCUCCACCGAGGAGUCCGAUGAGGAAGAUGAGUUGGUCCUAGCGACGCUUGCCGCAUGGCAUGCCGACGUCGAAGCUUCGCGCAGAGGGCCGUGGGGAGGCUCCGUCCCCGGGCACCGGCGCAUCCGUAGGAAUCGUCAGGAGGGACACAAUCGAUUGUACAACGACUACUUUGCUGAGUCCGCAGUGUACCCCGACUACAUCUUUCGGCGCAGGUUCCGGAUGAAUCGCGAUUUGUACUGCAAGAUUGUGAGGGAGGUGGAGGAACAUGACCCGUGGUUCAAGCAAAGGAGGAACGCUGCCGGAGAGCUUGGGCUGUCACCCUUGCAAAAAGUAACUGCCGCUUUCCGUAUGUUAGCUUACGAUGCUCCUGCAGAUUCUCUCGACGAGUGCCUCCGGCUAGGGGAGAGCACCAUCAUCGAGAGCAUGCGGCGUUUCGUGCGGGCCAUUGUCGAGGUGUUCGGUGACGAGGACCUCCGGGCGCCAACCGAGGAGGACACUGCUUGA